UAUGAAUUGUUAUCCCGUCUAUAUUGGGCAGGCAAGACAAACAAACUAUUUGUUUGUAACUAUAUCUAAAUUUGAAGGCAGGCAACCAACGGUUGGAAUUGGAAAGCUCAUCUUGGAUUUGAGUCAUUACUCAAAACCAGCUGUUUUCUAAGAAAAAUUUCUAUUACGUGCGUUUACCUCUCUUUAUUUGGCUCUCCUCGAUCGCUCUCCCUCUCUUUGGGUCUCUCCAUUGAAUCCCCUAUAGCUCAGGGGUUCAGUUCCUGGCUGGCCCCUCUCCCUAUGGUGAAGAGAAGAGCAAAGAUGAAGAAAGGCAAAGAAAGUGGUAAGAUUCAGGAUCAUAACAUGGCUAAUGAAAUCGAUAACGAGGCUCAAUUAGAUGCUAAUGAGGAAGUCAAUGGACAAUUAGCCACCAAUGAGGAAAAGUUAGAACCUCCUUCGGGCGAAGAAGAUGAAAAGAAACUAGCUGCGGUAAUGGAAAUGAAGCGCAGAAAGAAGAAGGCCUUGAUAGAAUUUAGGUGCAGAAUCGAAGACGCCAUUCUUGGGAAUUCUCUCCUGGAGAAACCUAAACACAAUACUCUUAGCCCAAGAGAAAGGGCAGAGGCAAUAGAACAACUGAAAGAGAUUACACUGUGGGGUGUACCUAUGAUGCCAAGCAAACGCCAUGGAGGGACCGAUGUUGUGUUCCUGAAGUUCUUGAAAGCAAAAGAUUACAAGGUUCAUGAGGCCUUUGAGAUGCUUCGAAAGACGUUGAAAUGGCGCCAGGAAUUCAAGGCUGACGAAAUCCUCCAAGAAAACUUUGGUCCUGAUUUAGAAAAGGCGGCCUACCUGAAUAGCAGAGACAGGGAAGGUCACCCUCUGUAUUACAACAUAUACGGUGCUUUGAGGAACACGCAAAUGCACGACAAAGUACUUGGAUCAGAAGAGGAUUGCGAAAAGUUUUUAAGAUGGAGGGUUCAAUACAUGGAGAAGGGUAUCAAGGAACUCAGGUUUGAACCCGGUGGAGCUGACUCUAUAGUUCAGAUCAUAGACUUGAAGAACUCACCAGGGCCUGCCACCAAGGAACUGCGUUCGCUUACCCGAAAAGCUUGGAUGUUGCUUCAAGACCAUUAUCCCGAGCUCAUCCAUCGAAGUAUAAUCAUAAAUGUCCCCCUGUGGUACUAUGUAUCCCAUGUUCUUUCUUCUCGGCUGAAAACUCAAAGAAGGAAUAGCAAGAUUGUUUUUGCCAGACCAGGGAGAGUCUCGGAGACUCUUCUCAAAUUUGUAUCUCCAGAAAACCUUCCAGUUGAAUACGGAGGUCUCAAAAGAGAGAACGACAAUGAGUUUUCCCCAGAGGACAAGGUUUUAGAGCGCAACGUCAGAGCUAGUAUAUCUGAGCGCAUCCAAAUUCCAGCCCCUGAGGCUGGGGUGACAAUACUUUGGGAUUUAACGGUGGUAGGAUGGGAUGUAUCUUACAAGGAGGAGUUCGUCCCAGACGAUGAAGGCUCGUACAAGGUGUUGCUCCAAAUACACAAGGAAAAAAAAGGGGGAGAGAGUGUUAGAAAUUCAUUUUAUAUCAGAGAACCAGGGAAGAUUGUUAUAACUAUCGACAAUUUCAUGCUCAAGAGGAAGAAGGUUCUCUAUAGAUACAAAACCAAGCCCACGGUUCCCAUGUACGUCUUCUUAAAGAACUAGGAGAGUUGGCAGAUUUUUUUCAUCAUUUCACCCUCUGUCCACACACUCAAAUUCGCACCUGUGCGUUAGAAAUUAAACACCAUCUAUUUGGUGAGCUGUAGUACUAAUAUUCUUCUGAUGCUGCUUAAUUAAUAGCUAUAUCUCGUGCUAUAUUAAGACUUGUACAAGGACUUGAUGACAGAAGCACAUAUUGCUUUCA